GUGUCCAAAGGAAGCAAACCAAAGUCUGGCCAUCUUCACUUCUAAGGAGCAUUUCGGUUUAUUUCUUCUAAGACUGAUUCAUUUGUUCUUCUAUCAGAUAGGACAUUUUAAUUUUAAACUGUGCAGGUCCCAUAACUUGAGCUUUCUGUUAGCAACAGGUAAGAGGUAGAGCAUGAUGUGUAGCAGGUACCAAAGAAAGACUUUUACUUGCUGGAAGAUGCAAAAAAUGCAUGGUAAAUUUAGGGUUGACAGAUUUAGUAAAUAAAACCAUAGAUACCCCAUUAAAUUUAAAUUUUAGGUAAACAGUGAAUUAUUUUUUUUAGAAAUAUUUGGGAUGUAAUUAAAAUAAAAGAUUUUUUUUUAUUAAAAUAAAAAUUGUCCAUUCAUUACCUGAAGUUCAAGUUUAACUGGGUAUUCUGUAUUUUUUUCUGGUAACUCUAAUAGUAAAUACUUCUGCCCCAACAGUGAUACCUGAGAAAUGCUGACUUGGAAAAUAAUACAAUAAUUGUGGUUAUUUCCUAUUUUUCACAGUCAAAAACAGUGAACACUGAAAGUCCUUAUAUAUAACUUGUAUUCAUAUGAAUUUUUUUUCUCUAGGACAGACACCUAGAACCAAAAGUGCAGAGUCCUGGGGGAGAGCUACUAGAGAAAAAUAUCAAGGCAAAAUAAAACAGGAGAAAUUUGCUAGACUCAAGAAUGAUGGAUCCCUGUUCAGUUGGAGUCCAGCUUCGUACCACAAAUGAGUGCCAUAAAACAUACUAUACGCGUCAUACAGGCUUCAAGACUUUGCAAGAAUUGUCAUCAAAUGAUAUGCUUUUACUUCAGCUUAGAACUGGGAUGACACUUUCUGGAAACAAUACAAUCUGUUUCCAUCAUGCAAAAAUUUACAUUGACAGAUUUGAGGAUUUACAGAAGUCCUGUUGUGACCCAUUUAACAUACACAAAAAACUAGCCAAAAAAAAUUUGCAUGUGAUUGACUUAGAUGAUGCCACUUUCCUGAGUGCAAAAUUUGGAAGACAGCUUGUACCCGGUUGGAAGCUUUGUCCAAAAUGUACGCAGAUAAUCAAUGGAAGUGUGGAUGUUGAUUCUGAAGACCGCCAAAGAAGAAAGCCUGAUUCAGAUGGAAGAACUGCUAAAGCUUUGAGGUCAUUACAAUUUACAAACCCAGGAAAGCAAACGGAAUUUGCUCCAGAAACUGCUAAAAGAGAAAAAAGAAGGUUUACAAAAAAUACAUCAGCUGGCUCAGACAGACAAGUGAUACCAGCAAAGAGUAAGGUCUACGAUAGCCAGGGUCUCCUGAUUUUCAGUGGGAUGGACCUCUGCGACUGCCUUGAUGAAGAUUGCUUAGGAUGUUUCUAUGCUUGUCCUGCCUGUGGUUCUACCAAAUGCGGAGCUGAAUGCCGCUGUGACCGCAAGUGGCUAUAUGAGCAGAUUGAAAUAGAAGGAGGAGAAAUAAUUCAUAACAAGCAUGCAGGAUAAUUUGUGGUAUCAAACUAUAAGGUCCUUUGAAGGUCCUUUCUCUAUUAUAAAAUUCUGUAAUUCUAAAGCUAUACUAAUAUUUUAAACUCUAUUGCCAAUAACAGAUUUGAAAAGCACCUCGAAGUGCACAAAUAUUGCAUUAGGGGUGCUUUCAGAUGCAUUAUUUGAUUUAAAUUUAGAUGGGCAGUCUGCUUUAAGCUAAACUGUCUGGGUCAAUGGGUCAAUGUAAACAAGUAGAGUGCAGGGUACAGGCAGUCCUCGAUUUGCACGGUUCCAAUAUGCACAAAUUUCAGUUAUCACACUUUAGUUAAAUAACAACAGUGUUCAAAUUUCAGUUACCACAGUAUAUUAUCUGUGAGUAGUUUGCAUAAAGUACACAUUUCCCUACUAACUCUUCAGUCCACAGAUCACUAAAUAAGUAACAGAUACACAUUAUAAGCAGUGAUCACAUCACUUCUAAACUCUUUCAGUGAUUGGUCACUGCACAUCCGUUGUUCAGUUCACACAUAGCAAAGGGUGAGUGUGACACUUUACAAAAAUGGAUAAUUGAAAGAGAAAAUUGGCCAACAUAUAUGGUGCAGCAAAGAAAUGAAAAGUGAUAACACUGUAAGGGAAACAUGAAGCAAACAUGAGUAGAGCUAUAAAAGAAACAGCUGAUCAUGAGAAUGUUGACACUGCUGCUGUUCUAGAGACUCUAGACAUGUAGCCAGAUAUCUAGAGCCACACUCUCAAUGUGCAGCCAGAGGAACUCAGUGAAGACAAAUUUAUCAACAUAAAUUAGGAAAAUAGUUAUGA